AUGCCCCCCCCCACCACCCACCCCUCCCGCGCCCGCCUCACAAACCCGCACAAGCGCCGCAAGCCCGGCACCCAUGGCCACACCACGAAGCUCACCACCCCCACCACGGCCAGCACCUCCACCUCCACGCUCAAGAAGAAGAUCCGCGACCUGACCCGCUUCCUCGCCAAGAAGACCACCCUCCCGGCCGACGUGCGCCUCGACAGCGAGCGCGCGCUCGACGCCUUCAAGCACGAGCUCGCGGCCGCGCAGGACUCUGCGCGCGAGGGGAGAAUGGUGGAGAAGUAUCGGAUGGUGCGCUUUUUCGAGCGCAAAAAGGCCUCGCGGAAGCUGGCACAACUGGUGCGGCGCCGGCGGGACUCAGCGGAGAGUGAUGAGGCGCUGGAGAAGGCGAUACAUGAGGCGGAGGUGGAGGUGAACUAUACGGUGUAUUAUCCGAGGGGGGAGAAGUAUAUCUCGUUGUUUCGGGACCCGGCGGGGGACCCGAAGGUUGUGGAGAAGAGGGAGGUGAUUAAGAGGGGGAUUGAGAGGCAGAUGGAGAUAGGGACGCUGGGGAGUCGGGAGGAGGGGGUGGACGAGGAGAUGGAGGGUGGGGCGGUGGGGGGGAAGAAGGAGAAGGUGGGCGGGAAGAGGAAAAGAGAGGUUGAGGACGAGGAGGAGAAGGAGGUGGUGGAGGAGGAUGACUUUUUUGAGUUUAGCUAG